AUCUCUUGACAACAUAUCUUAGCUCAACUUGUAAUUUCUUUUAUGCUCUUGACCACUCAAGUUGGCAAAGGACAUUAUUUGUUAACACUUAUCAUCACAAACCAUCUUCAUUAUCAUGGAUAUUUCUCAACGACCUUUGGUUUCUUCUCUUGAGUUUCUUAACAAGUGUUAUUUAAGUGAUCCAUUGUGGACAAAGGUUUUAGAAAAAGGCCAACGCAUUAGAAAGAGAUCAUGGCUAUGUAGGAAGCAAAAAGGAGCACAUAACAUGAGGAAUGAAAGAAGCAGAAGCAUUUUAAUGAAAAGAAGGGUAUGUCUAGAACGUUGUAGAAGAUCGAGUAACGAGGUUGAAAAAAAAGUUAAGAUCCUGGAGAAGUUGAUUCCAAAUUGUGAGUCAUCGUCAUCAAUGGGCUUGGAGAGGCUGUUUAGAGAGGCAGCUGAUUAUAUUUGGGCUUUAGAAAUGAGAGUUAAGGGACUUGCAAUCAAUUGCGUAGCUUAUGUGGAUGUGGUCAAUGAAAUGGAAAAAAUUCCUAGGAAAUUACGGGCCUGAACAUCAGUGCAAAAUAUAUCGGGACUGAAUAUAUUUUCGUGGUCAAGGAAAAAAACUGCAUUCAGCACCUAAUUGAAUUACUUUUCUGUAUCAUUUCUUAUAAAGGUAGAGUGUACCUAUGUUAUUUUGUAGAAC